GGAGGACCGUUAAGCCGUAGAGCCGAAAUGGGGCCCUAGCACACGUUAGAGAUCCAUAUUAUAGGAUACCACCAGGCUUUGAGGUGUCCCGCCGCGGCGUAAACUCAGUUAUAUUUGAUUGAUCGGCUGUGCGAUGGUGGCUGGCUGGCGCCACCGCGGCCCUCUGCCAAGAUAUAACUCCUCACAUAAUCCCGCUGCUUGACUGAGACACUGGGAGGCUGAGCAGUUGAUUCAAGCGGUCCGGUCCUCCCCCAAACAGGAUUGCAUGCCACCAUAACCUGCCCACAGAGCGAUUUCUCCUACCCUACGAGACGAGCAUUUUGCGACAUCCUAACUAUUAUCGAGUCAACCCGAUUAUAGGCGACAUGGACUUUUCCGAAUACGGGACGCUGAGCGAGGAAUGGGUGGAUUUCGAGAAGAACAACUCGGAGGCGGCAGGGUGGACGCUCGACAUCGGAGGCGGUGACCCGGUAAAGCUGCAGGCCCAGGGAAACAUCAUGACGGCGGCGAUGGGGAGAGCCAAGCUGGAACGGUCGGGACUCUGGGCGGUGGUCGAGUUCGAGGACUACACGGCGACCAGCCGGGACGGGUACGCGAUCCCGGUGCGCUGCUACCGCCCCAAGGCGGCGCGCGGCCGGACGCUGCCAGCACACGUCCACUACCACGGCGGGGGGUACACGACUGGCGACCUGGAGACGGACGAGUGCUACUGCGUCGCGUGGGCGCACGCGCUGUCGGCCGCGGUCGUGUCGGUCAACUACCGGCACACGCCGCAGGUCAGCGGGCUCGUGCCGUUCCACGACGCGAUCGACGCGUUCGACUGGAUCGCGGGCCACGCGGCCGCGCUCGGGGCCGACCCGGAGCGGCUCACCGUCGGCGGCAUCUCGGCCGGCGGCGGGCUCGCGGCGGCGGUGGUGGUGCACGAGGUCCGGCAGGCGCUGGCCGGCGGCGCGGCGGCGCGGGUCCGCGGCCAGGUCCUGGCCAUCCCCAACGUCGUGCAGGAGUUCCCGUUCGAGCGCUUCGCGGACCGCGGCCGCACCUCGCUGGUCCAGUGCGCGGGCUCGCCGCUGCUGCCCAAGAUCUUCUACGACUACAUGGUGGGCCUGCUGCGCGCGGGCCACGACACGCCGGCCAACCACCCGACGUGGAACCCGGGACUCGUCGAGGACGAGGUGCUCCGGUCGAUACCGCCGACGGCGAUGCUCGUCUGCGGCAGCGACCUCCUGAGAGACGAAGGGCUGAUGUACGCGAGCCGGCUGCGCGACGCCGGGGUCCCGACCAAGGUGCACAUCUUCGACGGCAUGCCCCACGGGUUCUACCUGUUCGACCAGCUGGCGUCGACGACGAGGUGGGAGGAGAUCGUGCGCGAGAGCACCAGGUGGGCCGGGUCGAAGGAGGGCGAGUGGUUCGUCGAGGUGCCGCCCCAGAAGCCCUGAAGGCCUUGGGGAUUGGGAUCGGCCGCGGGUCCGCAGGGCGAGCAUCACGAAAAGAAGAAGAAGAAGAAAAGGCCGCGGCGUUCCGACCGUGGAGGUUCGAUAGGAAGAUUACCGGUACUCUGUAGUAGCAGGUAGAUAGAUGCUGUAUUGCCAGGAAUAACCCACGUGGCCUCGUCGGCGUCUUACGCCCACUGCCCCUUGCCGCAGGUGCGGUACAUGCAGCUUUGCUGAUUCUCGGAGCGGAGGGAAAUCGAUACGGGUACAAAGCUACCCGACGUUUUCUGAGGUUGGGUACCUACCUCUACCUAACAGGUAGGGCCUGGGUAUUAGUCCGGGUACUUGUGUUGAGGAUAGGUAGAUACCU